UCAUCAGUUGUGGGAUUGUGGGAUUCAUCAGUUGAAUACAAAAUGUCUAUGUUUCAGAUAACGAGUAACUGAAAUAUUACAGUUUAUUUAACGUAGGAGCUGGAGUGAAUUUAAUGUCCAAAUGGAUUCAUCUUUUUCAUGUAUUGAUGGCGACGAAUGUGCAAAACUUAUUAAAAAGUAUAAAAAAGAAAUGACAAAGACCAAACCCAACGAUAAAUCGAAAACAUCGAAUGAAAGAAAUUCUAAAUGUUCCAUGGAUUUGUUUGAUGACGAUUCCAAAAACGAUGACACCAAUAAAUUUAUGGAGCUUAGAAAGACAAUGAAUAAGUUCAAUGAUUUAUCUAGUAAUCAUACUUCGCUAGACAAAUUGUCACUAUAUUUCAAGAUUGGUUCAGAUAAAGGACACUAUAUAACAAAUGAGAGUUACGUACGAAUCCCCAGAUUAUCACCAAGUAAAACAAGUAGAUCGGCCAUGGAUACAAUUACUUUAGAUAUGGCAUUUCAUCACAGAACAGAAAAAAAACCACUCACUCAAUUUAACACUUGCAGUAAAUAUUUGGGUGAAUGGAAUGCAUUAGGAAUGGCUGGAGAAGGAAUAUAUAGAUAUCCACAUGGUGUGAUCUAUGAUGGAAAUUUCAAUGCGAAUGGAUUAUAUCAUGGUAGAGGUACACUGAUAUACCCUAAUGGACAACGUUUUCGAGGAAUUUGGAGUAAUGGCAAACUUACCGAUAGUUCUCAUUUUAGUUCAGUAGAUAUUUCGGCCGCUAAGAGAUCAACGGAAAAAGUUAAGUUCUCGUUACCAGAUAGAAGAUAUCCCUGCGAAGUUAUAAAUGGAUUUGGUGUACCAGGAAAUGAGAUUCUCACUAACCAACAACCCACGCCAGAAAUACCCAUGAAUUGUUAUGAUGUAAUUAGUGGUGUAUUCAACCCAGAAGAUGGUUACGUUGCAUCCUAUAUGGAUAAACAUAAAACCACAAAAAAAAGUGCAACAACACGUGGAAGUAACAGCAUGGAUCGAUCUUAUGAAGAAUACGAAAACCUUAUGCGGACUGGAACUGAAGAAGACUGCGAGGUUGAAAUGUGGUUUAAAAGGAUUAACCAAGAUCCCGUAUGUAUAGAUAAUCAAUUAAUUAUAGACAUACCUUCUAUAGAAAAAGCUAAAUGGAUACAGAAGUAUUGUAGAAGCAAUCCAGAGCAACCUACGGGCUAUAAUCCUCUCCUAUAUGAAGUUUUUACUACAGGUACCAAAAAAGAACUCAGUGAUAUACAGAAAUUUGGAACGCUAAAAAAUAUUGAUGUCACUAUAAGUUCGGAACCUCCAAGUGAUAGUGUAGUAACACAAAAAAAAACAAUUUCUUUCAUCCAGAAAGUGAUUAAAGAAAAGCGUAAGAAGAACUAUGAAGGAGGUCCACGGGUUAAGAAAAAAUCAUUGCUGAAAAAAGGUAUUAUUGCUCCAUUUUCCAAAAUGUCAGAAGAUAUGUCAUCAGUCGAAAAAGACCUACUUCUUUUUUACAACCCCGUGACUAGUUUGAGACGAAGAAGUUUGGCAGCGUCCUUUCCUGGAAGAUAUGGAAUGGAACCAACUAGAGGAAGUGAUGAUGAAAUGUUGAGAGUGAUACAUGAAUUAUUGGCUACUGAUCAAAUUGUGACACGAUCCGAUUAUAAUGUCAGAGAUUCCGAUACAGGUGAACCGAAAUCAUAUUCUGAUGCAAAUGAUAUUCUCGGUAAGAAUAUAACAAGAGAAUUAUCUUCGCCAAUAACUUUUGAAAUGGAAACUUUAAUGACUCCAAUUAACAACGAACAAUUCGAGGAUAACAAGACUGUUGAGUGAAUUCAAAAGACAAACAGAUAAUAAUAUAAAUGAUAAAAUUCAUGAGUAAAAUCAUGUAAAUAUCAAA